CAGUGCUUUCCGGGCGCGCAGGUGCAGUGAAUUCGGCGCGCCGAGCCUCUGAUCUCCCCGCCCAGAUCUCGCGAAGUCGCGAGACUUGGGAGUAAACAGCCCCGAAUGGAGAGCUGAGGCGUGUUUGCCGCUGAAGCGCCGGUGUCACCGUCCCGCCGCCCUCGAGCUUGAGGCGGCGCGAGAUUUGCUUGUAUACUGAACAUCGCUGGGACUUUGGUUCUGUGGUGCAAAUGGAGUGUAGGACUUAGACGUCUGGCCCAGAGUGAGUGAAGCCUGAUGUCCAAGAUGGAGAGGAAACGAAGAAAGAAAUGAAAGCCUCUCUUCAGGCCAGACCACAAACGGCCAUGAAAUUUACCUUUUAUUUAUGUUGGACAGGACUGUAAAAUGGCUCACCAGCAAUGUUUCAGCUUCUAGUAGGAAAAAAAAAAUGAACUAAUAAUCAAGGAAGAAAAAAAGUGAUUUGAAUUUGUGCAAUUUUAUGACCUAAGUCAUUUAUGACCAUGAAGCUUGUCAACAUCUGGCUGCUUCUGCUAGUGAUUUUGCUUUGCGGGAAGAAAUAUCUGGGUGACAGGCCAGAAAAUAAGUCUUUUGAAACUGCCCCAUGCCCUGGCUGUUCUCACCUGACUCUGAAGUUGGAAUUCUCUUCAACAGUUGUGGAAUAUGAAUACAUUGUGGCUUUCAAUGGAUACUUUACAGCUAAAGCUAGAAGUUCAUUUAUUUCGAGUGCCCUAAAGAGCAGUGAAAUAGACAAUUGGAGAAUUAUACCCCGAAACAAUCCAUCCAGUGACUACCCUAGUGAUUUUGAGGUGAUUCAGAUAAAAGAAAAACAGAAAGCAGGGCUACUCACACUUGAAGAUCAUCCAAACAUCAAGCGGGUUACCCCACAGCGGAAAGUCUUUCGUUCUCUCAAGUACACAGAGUCUGACCCACUAGUACCCUGCAAUGAAACUCGAUGGAGCCAAAAGUGGCAGUCAUCUCGUCCCCUGCGAAGAGCCAGUCUCUCCCUGGGCUCUGGCUUCUGGCAUGCUACAGGAAGACACUCAAGUAGACGACUGCUGAGAGCCAUCCCACGCCAUGUGGCCCAGACAUUGCAGGCAGACGUGCUCUGGCAGAUGGGAUAUACAGGUGCUAAUGUAAGGGUUGCUGUUUUUGACACUGGGCUGAGUGAGAAGCACCCCCACUUCAAAAAUGUGAAGGAGAGAACCAAUUGGACCAAUGAGCGAACAUUGGAUGAUGGGCUGGGCCAUGGCACAUUUGUGGCGGGUGUGAUUGCCAGCAUGAGGGAGUGCCAAGGAUUUGCUCCAGAUGCAGAACUCCAUAUCUUCAGGGUCUUUACCAAUAACCAGGUGUCCUACACAUCUUGGUUCCUGGAUGCCUUCAACUAUGCCAUUUUAAAGAAGAUUGAUGUGCUGAACCUCAGCAUUGGUGGCCCUGACUUCAUGGACCACCCUUUUGUGGACAAGGUAUGGGAAUUAACAGCCAACAAUGUCAUCAUGGUCUCUGCCAUUGGCAAUGAUGGUCCUCUUUAUGGCACUCUGAAUAAUCCUGCUGAUCAAAUGGAUGUGAUUGGAGUAGGUGGCAUCGACUUUGAGGAUAACAUCGCCCGCUUUUCUUCAAGGGGAAUGACCACCUGGGAACUGCCAGGAGGUUAUGGUCGUGUGAAACCUGACAUCGUCACUUAUGGAGCUGGAGUGAGGGGUUCUGGUGUGAAAGGGGGAUGUCGGGCCCUCUCAGGGACCAGUGUGGCCUCCCCUGUGGUUGCUGGUGCUGUCACCUUGCUGGUAAGCACAGUCCAGAAACGAGAACUGGUGAAUCCAGCCAGUAUGAAGCAGGCUUUGAUUGCAUCUGCCCGGAGGCUUCCUGGUGUCAAUAUGUUUGAACAAGGCCAUGGUAAGCUGGACCUGCUUCGAGCCUAUCAGAUCCUCAACAGCUACAAACCACAGGCAAGUUUGAGCCCCAGCUACAUCGAUCUGACUGAGUGUCCCUACAUGUGGCCCUACUGCUCCCAGCCCAUCUAUUAUGGAGGGAUGCCAACCAUUGUCAAUGUCACCAUCCUUAAUGGCAUGGGCGUCACAGGAAGAGUAGUAGACAAGCCUGACUGGCAACCCUAUUUACCCCAGAAUGGGGACAACAUUGAAGUUGCUUUUUCUUACUCCUCUGUGUUAUGGCCUUGGUCAGGCUACCUAGCCAUUUCCAUUUCUGUCACCAAGAAAGCAGCCUCCUGGGAAGGCAUAGCCCAGGGCCAUGUCAUGAUCACCGUUGCCUCUCCAGCAGAGGUGGAGUCAAAAAAUGGUGUAGAACAAACUUCAACGGUAAAGCUCCCAGUUAAGGUGAAGAUAAUUCCAGCUCCUCCUCGAAGCAAGAGAGUCCUCUGGGACCAGUACCACAACCUGCGCUAUCCUCCAGGCUACUUCCCUCGGGACAAUCUCAGAAUGAAGAAUGACCCCUUGGACUGGAAUGGUGACCACAUCCACACCAACUUCAGGGACAUGUACCAACACUUGAGAAGCAUGGGCUACUUUGUCGAAGUCCUCGGCUCCCCUUUCACAUGCUUUGAUGCUAAUCAGUAUGGAACUUUGCUCCUGGUGGACAGUGAAGAGGAGUACUUUCCUGAGGAGGUUGCCAAACUGAGGCGGGACGUGGACAACGGCCUCUCACUUAUUGUCUUCAGUGAUUGGUACAACACAUCUGUUAUGAGAAAAGUGAAGUUUUAUGAUGAAAACACAAGGCAGUGGUGGAUGCCGGACACUGGAGGGGCUAACAUCCCUGCUCUGAAUGAACUCCUGUCUGUCUGGAACAUGGGAUUCAGUGAUGGCCUGUAUGAAGGGGACUUCACCCUGGCAAGCCAUGACAUGUACUAUGCAUCAGGGUGCAGCAUCGCUAAAUUUCCAGAAGAUGGCAUAGUGAUAACACAGACUUUCAAAGACCAAGGAUUGGAAGUUCUAAAGCAGGAAACAGCAUUUGUUGAGAAUGUCCCCAUUCUGGGACUUUAUCAGAUUCCAGCUGAGGGUGGAGGCCGAAUUGUGCUGUAUGGAGACUCCAAUUGCUUGGAUGACAGUCAUCGACAGAAGGACUGCUUUUGGCUUCUGGAUGCACUACUACAGUACACAUCAUAUGGAGUGAUGCCACCCAGCCUCAGUCACUCUGGGAACCGGCAGCGCCCUCCCAGUGGCAUGGGUUCAGUGGCUCCAGAGAGGAUGGAAGGGAACCACUUAUGCCGCUACUCCAAGGUCCUUGAGGCCCACCUGGGAGGCCCGGAACCACGAGCGCUGCCAGCCUGUCCACACUUGUCGUGGGCCAAGCCACAGCCUUUAAAUGAGACAGCUCCCAGUAAUCUUUGGAAACAUCAGAAGCUACUCUCCAUUGACCUGGACAAAGUGGUGUUACCCAACUUUCGAUCGAAUCGCCCUCAAGUGAGACCCUUGUCUCCUGGAGAAAGUGGUGCUUGGGAUAUUCCUGGAGGGAUCAUGCCAGGCCGCUACAACCAGGAGGUGGGCCAGACCAUCCCCGUCUUUGCCUUUCUGGGAGCCAUGGUAGUCCUGGCUUUCUUUGUGGUACAAAUCAACAAGGCCAAGAGCAGGCCGAAGCGGAGGAAGCCCAGGGUGAAACGUCCACAGCUCAUGCAGCAGGUUCACCCCCUAAAGACUCCUUCAGUGUGACCAUCAUCUGAUUGACCGUGUGACCCAGAAAAAGCUUCAUGGGUGGUCAGUGGUGGUCUGACGGAACCAAGACAUUUCAGGAGACCUCUGCUUAAAAGGGCUCAGGUCUUGAGUUGUGGCUUCUUAGAGUCUCUUCUAAAGCUCAGUGUCCAUCUUAUAUCCCAUGGCCAGGGACCUGCAAGAGGGACUCAGUGAUGAGCAUGAAGUCAAACUCCCUCUGCCUUGAUACAUGUACCAAAGAUGCAGGAGAACUUUGAGUAUCAGCCCCUCUGACCUGGGAGGAAGGUCAUCCUGUUCAAGCAAUCGAAACAACUGACCAAGCUAUAUGUGCUCAUUAAAAGCUAUUUUCUAUAUUUAUUGUUGGGGAAAGUCACUUUAAAGACUUAUACUGUUUGGAAGCAAGGAUUUUUUUUUUUUUUUUUGUCAGUGGAAUGCAGCUUUUUAUUAUUAAAUCAUGAGGAAUAACACAGAUUCCAUGAUCUCCUUUUUGAUGAAAGGACAAACUGAGAUUUGAAGGAAACUUGCACAAAUCUGUGAAACAUAGACCUUGCUUUAUUUUUAUAAGUAUCAACUGCCAUCAUGUUUUGUAAUUUGGGGUCUUGAUUUCACCAUUGUCGGUGAAGAAAAUUUUCAAUAAAUACGCAUUACCUGUAUCAAGCUAAUGAAAA